UCUCCGCUUCUUAAACUGGGAGGUUUGUCGUUGUUCCAGAGCACUCAGAGGGAUUAACCCGGAGGACGGAGGAGGGAUGGAGCGGUCCAGCUAAAGAGUUGUAGGCGCAGAGAAGCUCAGUCCGUCGGUCUGUCGGCUGCAGGCAGAGCGGCUCCUCCGGUGCUCCCACCGCGCUGAGCGAGCGGCUGUCCCCGCCUCGGAAGCCAUGGGCUGCGGCUUGCGAAAACUGGAAGACCCGGAGGACAGCAGCCCCGGGAAAAUCUACUCCACCUUAAAGAGACCACAAGUGGAGACCAAGACGGAUACUGUGUAUGAGUAUGUGCUGCUGGACUUCAGUUUGGAAGGUAGCCGUCCAACGGUGCAGUAUGUGGCUUCACUGUCCGAGCUGCCCCAGGCCCUGCAGCCCUACUAUACACAAGGCUACGUCCUGGCCGCCUUGCACCCCAUCAUCCUGUCUGUGGGCCGAACCCGCUCCCUGCCCUACAGCCUGCUCUACCGCGCCAUCCUGGCCCGUCCAAGACCCAGUAAGCAGACGGCGUCCAUGUGCCACAGUGUGCCAAUGUUGAAGGUGGAGGAGUGGCCAUUACCUGGAGAGUCACUGACGGGUGACACGGUCAGAGCGCUCAUUGACAGGGUGAACAGCAGCGCCCGCGGUGGCGUUCGAUUCAUCGGCUCGGUGCUCCAGCAGGUGAGCGGGAUCACCAAUGGCAGAGUGCAUAGUCCGAAGAGGGGCUGUCGCUCCCCUCCACGCACCCCUCCUGGUACACCGCCUGGAGACAGAGAGCUGGAGGAAAACACCUACAGUCCUGACUUGAGAUUAUUGGUCUUCUUCCACUCCUGGGCUCCGGGCUGCGCUCCUCUGGACUCACUGGCCUGUCAGUACCACCAGGGGGCGCUCUCCAUGCGCGUUUCCAGGAAGGGCCAGGUGGUCAGUGCCCUGGAAGCUGACUGGCUGGAGCUGACUGCCGCCUACUACCGGAAAGGCUGGUCGUUGGUGGACUCCUUCGUGUACUGGGACACACCUAAAGGCGAGCCAGUUCCCAGAUCGCUGGAGGGACUGUUUGUGUACGAGGAGAGGAGCACCUCUCCUCCUGCUAAUGACACCAUCGUCGUAGAGCAGUGGACUGUCAUCGAGGGCUCUGAUGUGAAAACAGACUACGGGCCUCUUCUUCACACUCUGGCUGAGUUUGGUUGGCUGCUUACGUGUGUGCUACCCACUCCCAUUAUCCGACACGACAGUGAUGGGAACCUGGCCACUAAGCAGGUGGUGUUUCUCCAGAGGCCGGUCAGACGUCAGGCAGCAGGACAACCGAGGAACCAGGCUUCGACUGUGCACGGCGACGUGUCCAGCCGCUCUGUAAGUCGUGCCGUUAGCAACCCCGUCUCUCCAGAGGAGCGGUCUCCAACUGCCGGAGGCAUCGGGGGCUUUCCAGUGUUCGGUGGGGGGUACCCCAGCACCCUGUCCCACCUGGAAGAGGGGGGCUUUGAGCAGGAGGAGGGAAAAGCUGAAGUCACCUGCAUGUAAGCAGGAAAAGGGAUGGAUGCAGCUUCCCUCCACAUGCAAGCUGAGGACUUAAUGUUGCUGGAUGACUGAAGAGAAUAACCAAGUGGACUGAAGAGUCCACAGACUGUUCAUUGGCCAUCACAUUCAUGACCCCUUCUUUUCAACAGAGACUUUAAAGUAGAAGAACUUGGCACUUUUUAAAAUGUUUUUAAUGAAGCCAUAUUGAGAGUGAUGUAAUAUGAAGAAGUGGAUCUAUGUCCAAACUUUUAUAUAGGUUUGUUAGGGAAAGAAAAUGGUCCAUGGGAGACACUUUACACAUUUAAAUCCAUUUUAGGGGCUUUUGUUACCUCUGAUCAGUUCAGGUGCUCAUGGGAAACUGUUACAGUAUUAUAAAGCACAGGCACACAUUUCUGCACAUUAUGGAAACAGCACUAGUGGGUAAAUGAGAGAAAAGGGCUCUACCUUCUUUUUGACCCAGCUCACAUCUUACAAUUUUGAUUUGAGUUCCUACACACAUUUUUGUUUCCCCUCAAGAUGCUUAAACGCCUUUCCAUCAACCCCCCCUUCUCUUCUCGUGUGUCAGAGUGACACAGGUCAGGCAGGGCUUGGUCCUUGCAGCUCCUCCCCUCACUGAAAGGCUGAGGCAGGAUGUGAAACACCUCCAGUGGAGGUGUUUGCUGCCUCAGACAGUACAUUUGUGCAAGUAGCAGUAUUUCUGUGAGGGGGGUCUGGAGGAUUGUAGAGUUCUGUGGAAUCACAGGUGCUAGGAGUAACUUUUCAGUAUUGUUAACUGGAGACAUAUUAUUUACAACCCCUAAGCAAAGGAGUCCACAGGCCCUCCUGAAGUUUGUUCUGACGGGUGCUAUUUCAUCAUUCUGGAAAUGCUUAAGACUCUUCACGUAUACAUUUGAAAGUUUUAUCUAAGUUUGGAUCAGCCACUGUAUCAGUGUACAUGUUGUUUUCUUCAGUCACAUUUUCAGAAUUGCUGCUUGUUGCUUUACAGCUUCUAUGGUACUGGCCGAACGCCUGCAGGUCUCUCUGGAAUGGAUGAAGAUCCUCAAAUGCAAACGAGCUAUUAUAUUGAAACGAUGACUGUAUUUUUUUUAUAGGGGGACCUCUGCCGACGUCACACAUCAGAGUUUGAUUAUAGGUCUUAGUAAUAGUGCAACAAAUCCAAGUCUCUGAACUGUCAGCAGUUGAGCUGCAUUGUGGGUAAUGCAGGCACAAGGUUUUGAUAAGGAAGAAGAAUCUGUCGAAUAAAGAAAGACAGUAUCUCUGGUUCUGCAUCAACUUCUUUUAAAUGUCCAGGAUGAGUCUGACAGUGUUAUAGAAAUGCAAAUGCUGAAUUGAUGGAGUGCUCUUUUAAUGCUAUGAAAGGGGUACCGUUGAUUUUCAAGGAGGACACGAUCCUGUUGUAUAUAUCUUAGGUGUUAUUGUUCAUAAUUGCAAAAAAAGGGUUUCGCCUAAUUGUGAUGCAUGUUCUUUUGCGGGAGGAAAGGGAUGAAAUGCACCGAAAGUAGUUUAGGUCUUCCAUUGAUGUAUACACCACCCAGGUUUGAGUCGGACAUGUUUUAAUGGAUGUAUUUUAACUCCCCAUCAGGGUUUACUAAAUGUCAGUAUUAUUCCUGCCUUUCCUUUUUGGAGAGUUGUACAUUUUGCUUCCUUUAU